AAAGGUGAAAACGCAAAAAAAACUCAACAACCGCCGACUUGCUGAAUAAAAGUAGAAAAAAAGAUGGCUAGCGUGAGUGACGAGGACGUCACCGUACCGGAAGAAACAGGUCGUCGAUCAACUCGCUCUAGACAAAGCAAAACUUCACAGCCAACUGUGGCAACUACUCCCAGAGCGACUCGCAGGAACAAGAAAACGGAAGCAACAGUAGCGGAGACUGAAGAGGAUGUACCGGAAAAGACUAUUGCUGAAGAGGUUCAGCAUGAUUCAGACGAACCCGAUACGAAACAAGUUAUGGAACAACUGCAGGAAUUGAUCGUUCCGGUUUUAGAAGUACAAAACAAACUAGGCGAAGAAGCGAGCUCUACCAAUCUGUUCGAAGAGUUUCAGGUGGAAACAGGUACACAACAGCAGGAGGAAAAAUAUUCCGACAAGGAAGAUUCGAUCACUGCCCAACCGCCACCAGAGGAAAGCGUCUUCAUUGCGGAUUUAGCUGCCGAGGAAAACGCCAACAGUCUGCCGUCAGUAGUUGAUGAGAACUCGCAAAUAGAAUCAGCAAUGAUUGCAAUUGAGAAUGCGACUGACAUGGUAACGGUAGAGCAACCGCUAAAUGGUGAAAAUCAGGCCGAUAUUACCGGUAGUAGCGAUCAUGCCCUGGCGGAAAAUCUUGCAAAUGGUUUCAAUGAGGAAGAUUCGAAAAACACGGAUCUUGAUGCCGAAAUGGUAUCGGAGGAUGAACUGCCACGACCGGUUCAACCACAGGUUCAAGAUGCGGAAGAGGUUUCCGAUGAUGAACUACCCGGACCACGGCUAGCCGAGCUACCGGAAGAUGCCGAGAUCGUGUCUGAGGACGAACUACCGCACUCGUCGGAGAAGCUUGUUCCGCAGUUACCAACAGACACAGACAAUGUUUCCGACGAGGAGCUACCGGCAGCAAAGAAGGCUGAACUGCCGGCCGAUACGGACAAUGUGUCGGACGAUGAACUUCCGGCAGCCAAAAAGGCGGAACUGCCAGCCGAUACGGAUAAUGUUUCGGACGAGGAGUUGCCAGUGGCGACAAAGGCCGAAUUACCGGCGGACACUGACAACGUGUCGGACGAGGAGCUACCUGAUAAGACGUUGCCGGUAACGGAGGAGGUAGCCGAGGAAAUUGAAACAAAGGAAGUUGCAGAUGGGCCAACUGCGCCGGAGAAUCCGAAGAACGCAGACAAGAAGGAACCGUCUAAAAGAAAACUGGAAAAGGAUGAUGAACCAUCGGAGAAGGUUGUCGAAGCCCCGGAAAAGAAAACCAAGGUGGACCCUCCUGCAGAACCUGAGAAAAAGAAACUACCCGAUUUAGACAAAUACUGGAAAGCAGUCAACGACGAUUCAACAGAUUUUACAGCAUGGACUUAUCUUCUUCAAUAUGUAGAUCAAGAGAGCGAUAUUGAGGCCGCCCGUGAGGCAUACGAUGCCUUUCUGGCUCACUAUCCGUAUUGCUACGGUUACUGGCGCAAGUACGCCGACUACGAGAAACGCAAGGGCAGUAAGCGGAAGUGCGAAGAGGUAUUCGAACGUGGCUUGAAGGCGAUCCCACUGUCGGUCGAUCUGUGGAUCCACUAUCUGGUCCACGUGAAGACGAAUCAAGCCGACGACGAAGCGGUGAUCCGGUCGCAGUUUGAACGUGCCCUGGCUUCCUGCGGGCUGGAGUUCCGUUCGGAUAAACUCUGGGAGGCGUACAUCAAAUGGGAGAACGAGGGCAAACGGAUGGACAAGGUGAUCGCGUUGCACGAUCGGCUGCUGGCGACGCCUACCCAGGGAUACGCGAAUCACUUUGACAACUUUAAAGACGUAGUCAACAAUCAUCCAGUUCAUACACUGGUCAGUAAGGAGGAAUUUCUGGGGCUUCGUGCGCACGUUCGAGAAUCCGCACGAAAGCGCAAGGAAGAAAAGGAGAAGAAACGCUCCAGCUCAAAUGACAAAGACAAGGAACGUAAGUCGGAUAAGGAGAAGGAAAAACACGAUGAUCACAAGUCGUCUAAAUCGAAGGAUAAAUCAGACAAGCGUGCUAAAAGUCAGGAGUCAGAAGCGAAGGAGCAGAAAGAGGAAAAAGAAAAAGACCAGGAGGUAAAAGAAAAAGGAGAACCGAUGGAAACGGACGAGACUAAGCCGAUAGGUGGUGAAGAAACAAAAGAGGACGAGAAAGAGAAUAAAGAACCGGUGGAAGAAGAAAAACCGGAUGAAAAAAUGGAGACUGAGCCAGAGGAGGAAAAGGAAGCAGAUGAUCACGUCAACAGUCCGGAGGAAGCUGAAGCUAUCAAAGACAAAAUUAUUUCCCGAAGAAAGAAAAUCCACAAAGCUACGGUCGCUGCAGUGACCGCCCGGUGGACCUACGAAGAAGGUAUCAAACGGCCAUAUUUCCAUGUUAAACCAUUGGAACGCUGCCAGUUGAAAAAUUGGAAGGAAUAUCUCGAUUUUGAAAUCGAACAAGGCGAUGAGAAGCGUAUUCUUGUACUGUUUGAACGGUGUCUGAUUGCUUGCGCACUGUACGACGAUUUCUGGCUCAAACUGAUUCGUUACCUGGACAGCAGGUCGGACGAACCGGACAUUAUUCCACGGAUCCGAGACGCCUAUGAACGUGCCUGCACGAUUCACCAUCCGGACAAACCUAGUCUGCACCUGUUGUGGUCAGCAUUUGAGGAAGCUCAGGGCAACAACAACAAAGCCGCCGACAUACUUGCAAAUCUGGAGAAGGUUUGUCCGAACCUGAUGCAAGUUGCCUAUCGGCGAAUAAAUUUGGAGCGCCGCCGUGGAGACUACGACAAGUGCGUUCAAUUGUAUCAAACGUAUCUGGCGCAAGCCAAGAACAGAACAAUAGCCGGUAAUGUGGUCAUCAAAUACGCCCGAUUCCUCAACAAGAUUAAGAAGGAUCUCAACCAAGCGCAUGAGGUGCUCAAGAGUUAUCUCGAGAAAGACACAUCGAACACGCGAGUUGCUCUGCAGUUGAUUGAUUUGUCACUGCAGCGGGAAACAGUGGACGAAAAUGAGAUACUCGAGAUCAUGGAUCAGUUUAUGGGACGGGAUGGCGUGGAACCGGAUCAGAAAGUGCUGUUUGCACAGAGGAAGGUCGAAUUCUUGGAAGAUUUCGGAAGUACCGCCAAGGGACUGCAGGAGGCACAAAAGGCACUGCAGUCGAUAAUGGCCAAGGCGAAUGAAGCGAAAAAGAAGAGGGAACAAUCACCGCCCAAAAAAUCGGCAAAGGAAAUUGCGGCCAGUGCCGCAGUUGGUACUAGCGGAACUGCUGCUAGCUAUGCAGCCGGAAGCUACAGUUAUGCUAGCGCAACUCCGGCUUACUAUGGGACCACGGCAGCCCAAUCCAGCCAGUAUCAAUACGGGGACAGUUCGUCGUACGGUUACAGCACCUGGAAUCAACAAUAUUCCCAAGCUGGCUACGGAGGGUACAGUCAGUGGAGCGGUUAUGGAAGUUAUUAUUAAGGUAGACAGAAUCCGGCGUAGUCAGGUUCUAAUAAUUAUGUCUGUCUUUUGUUUAUCCCGUUUCUAUACAUACGACUAUAACAUUGUUUUAUAGUAGGGUUAGCACAACUCAACACACACGUUUGCGUUAGAUACUUGAACACUUAUUUGGAUCGGACUUUGAUUUAGAUUAAAACGAGAGAUUUGUAUCUCUCACGUCUAGGUUUUUACAGCACUUAAACACGCAGGAAUGAAACAUAAAUGGUCACAACUUACACAUAAUUUUUAUUUCACUCCUCAUGAUUGGAGAAACAAACGUGUUGUAGCACGGUAAAAAUUUUAGAAUGAAAGGGAACUAAAUGAUAAAAAUAAAGCUAUGUUGCUUCAAUCAACACAGAGUA